GCCGGCGGGGCCCCAGGCGGGCCCCUCCAAGGCGGAGGUGAAGGUGCAAGUGCGGCCGCUGACCCGGGAGUCCCUCGGGAAGCCGGAGACGAAGACGGUGCAGCUGGCGCGGGAGUACGGGUUCCAGCCCAAGAGGAAGGUCAGCGUCGAGGACGGCUCCAUCCUCCCCGGCAAGUUCGAGCCCUUCCCCAGCCGGCUCUACGGCAGGCCCCUCGAGGAGAUCGACAAUUUCAUCUACGAUGAGACGUUCUGUGUUGUAUCGAAGCGGUUUCGGAAGAAUUACAUCCACCGGUUCACGGCGACGGCCUCGCUGUUCCUCUUCUCGCCUUGGAACCCGAUCCGGCGGAGCUGCAUAUUCCUCUCGACGAACCAGUACUUCGACUACGUCGUCAUGACCACCAUCCUCCUCAACUGCGUCUUCCUCGCCAAAACCGAUCCCGUCGAAGAGGCCGAAUACAUCUUCCUGGCGAUUUACACGGCGGAAAUGAUAAUCAAGACGAUCGCCAAGGGCUUCAUCCUGAACAAGUACACGUACCUGCGAAACCCUUGGAACUGGCUCGACUUCGUUGUCAUCACUUCCGGCUACGCGACCAUCGGCAUGGAGGUCGGAAAUCUCGCCGGGCUCAGAACUUUCCGCGUGCUCAGGGCGCUCAAAACGGUCUCCAUCAUGCCAGGCUUGAAAACCAUCAUCAACGCGCUUCUACACUCGUUUAAGCAACUCGCCGAGGUCAUGACCCUGACAAUAUUCUGUCUCAUGGUCUUUGCCCUCUUUGCUCUCCAGGUUUAUAUGGGCGAACUUAGGAACAAGUGUGUGGCCGUUUACAACGGCACCAACACCACACACCAAGAAUGGAAAUUAUGGGUCACGGACGAGAAUCAUUGGUUGAUGGAUGAUGGGGAUCCUGUGCUUUGCGGCAAUGUUACAGGGGCAAGACAUUGCCCGUUAGGUUUCGUAUGUCUGCGAGUGGGCGGCAAUCCAAAUCACGGGUUCACCAAUUUUGAUAAUUUCCUCUGGUCUAUGUUAACUACUUUCCAGCUAAUCACUUUGGAUUACUGGGAAAAUGUAUAUAAUAUGGUGCUGGCAUCCUGUGGCCCCAUUAGCGUUACCUUUUUUACUGUUGUAGUUUUUUUCGGUUCUUUUUAUUUGAUCAACCUCAUGUUGGCUGUUGUUGCGUUGAGUUAUGAAGAGGAGGCUGAAAUAACCAUGGAGGAGCGGCGGAAGGACCUGACGGACCACCGGGACGACUCGACGUUCUCGUUCGACCCGUCCAAGAUCCCGGUGAAGCAGCUGGACCGGAACGCGGUGAAGAAGAUCGACGCGCGGAAGGGGGUGCUCCUGAGCUCCUACUCCAAGAAGAAGUCGCGGCGGCGGAAGCGGCGCGGGGCCCUCACCAACGAGACCAGCGCCGCCGGGAGCCGCUCCGUCACCCCCUCCCCCAGGCACUCCUUCGCCGAGCGCGAGUCCGAGGAGCCCGACGCCGAGUCACCCCCGCCACCGCCGCCGCCCCCGCAGCCUCCACCCCCGCCCCCCGCGCCGCUGCAGCAGCCCCCCGUUCAACCCACGCCGCCGCAACCCCCCCAGCCCCACCACGACACCCUUCACCCCGGCGUCGCUUUGGGGCGAGUGUACCGCGGGCAGCUGGGUGUUGGAAGCCGGCAAGCGAGCAGCAACAACAGCGACGGGAACAACCGGGAGUCCUCGCUCGACGAUUCGGGCGUCGUCGACGACCACGAGGAGGCCGACCUCACCUCCGAGGACGUCGGCAACAUCUCCGUCGCCCCGGCCAACGUCCAGAUCAUCCCGAAACUAGAGCAAGAGAUGACGGCCAUCGCGGAGAAGAAGAAGCGGAAGCGACAGAAACAACUGAGCAAGGACGCGGUGCGAGCUUUCAAGUGCAACGGCUUCAACCCCAACGGAGAGAACCCCAUCUACACACUGCCUACCGACUAUCUCUCCCAAGUCGUUGUUUUAGAUUCGACGGUGGACCGCAACUGCUCGCAGUGCGCUCGGUGGUGCAUCGACUACAGCGGGUGGCUCCAGUUCCAAAACUGCCUUUACAAGAUCGUCCGCGACCCCCUUUUCGAGCUCUUCAUCACCAUCUGCAUCAUUCUGAACAUCAUGUUUCUCGCCACCGAGCACCACGGCAUGAGCGACAAUAUUAAACGCUGCCUCGAUGCCGGCAACAAGGUUUUCACGUCCAUUUUUACCUUGGAAUGUUCCCUCAAAGUUAUAGCCUUAAGUAGUGAAUUUUUUAGCUGUGGUUGGAACAUUUUCGACUUAAUCGUAGUAUCAGUUAGCCUUCUGGAUCUUUUUCUCGAAGUAGUAGAUGGACUCUCAGUUCUCAGGGGACUCAGACUGCUGAGAGUUCUUAAGUUAGCGCAAUCUUGGACGACCAUGAAAGUUCUUCUGAGCAUCAUCAUCUCGAGCAUAGGAGCCUUGGGAAACCUGACAUUCGUUUUAGUUAUUGUUAUUUAUAUUUUUGCUGUGAUCGGAAUGCAGUUGUUUUCCAAGGACUACACUCCAGAGAAGUUCGACCCGGACCCUAUUCCCAGGUGGAACUUCACUGAUUUUUUUCAUUCGUUCAUGAUGAUUUUUCGGAUACUGUGCGGUGAGUGGAUCGAGCCGCUGUGGGACUGCAUGAGAGCAGAGGAAUAUGAUGGUUUCGGUACGUGCUUUGCAAUCUUCCUGCCUGCCCUAGUGAUGGGAAACUUCAUGGUCCUCAACCUCUUCUUGGCCUUAUUGCUCAACAGUUUUAAUUCUGAAGAACUGAAAUCAAAAAAAGAGGAGGUGGGCGAGGAGUCCAAGUUGGCGCGGAGUUUCGACCGGAUCCGGUCCAUCAUCCGGAAGAACCGGCGGCGGCACCGGAGCGACGACGAGGACCCCGAGACCGAGAAGACGAUGAAGCUCGAGGAGAUGGUCUUCGAGAUGAUGCACCAGAAGAGCAAGUGCGGCUCCGAGUGUCACAUCAGCAACAUGCUCCACGAGGACGAGGAUAAAUAUCACGAAGACAAAAGAUACUCGCGAAGCAUCGAAGACGUGAUGUCGGGGAUAGCGCUUCAAGAUUUGCAGAACCAUCAAAGGAUAUCACCCGAGGAGAUAACGCCCCCUUUACUCUCGAGGAGCCUGCAGGGGUCUUCGGGCGACCGCUCGCCGCCAUACUUCCAGCGCUCGCUGCCGUCCUCGCUCAAGUACAAGCCGGUGCGUGUGGGGGUGGGGGUGGGCGGCGACGGGAUCUCGGUGGGGUCGCUGGGGAGCGACUCGGCCGGGGGGCGGACGCCGGAGGUAGUGCGGCGGCGGCUGCGGAAGGCGCGGCGGGCGGCGGCGGCGGCGGCGGCGUUGGAGGCGGACCCGUGCGGGGGCGCCGAGACAGAGCCCGAGAUGGACAUGGAGAUGGAGAUCAAGGACCCGACCGAGUCCGACGAGGCCGACCCCUUCCGCAUCCCCACCAUCCAGAGGGUCCUCACCGUCGAGUCCGAGGACACCGGUCAAGGCUCGAUGACGCCGGUGAUGGGUUGCGGGAGCACGGGGACGGUGCAGCGGACGGGUGUGGGGCCGGGGGGCGGGGCGCCCGAUGAGGGGGGGUCGGGGGCGGGGUCGCCGGUGGUGGGCCCGGAGGACGAGCUGUACCGGCGGAUCAUGCAGGAGGCGAUGGAGGUGGCGCCGACGAUAAACGCGCCGUACAUCGACCUGCCCAAGAUGGACGUCGACGACACGAUCGAGAUGCUCGAGGAGCGACGCCGCACCUCCCCGCCCCCCGUCCACCACCGACGCUCCUACCAGCUCGCCACCAGGACCGACAUCACCCCCCUGGGAUCUCCAGAGGAAGAGGCGAAACCGCUCAAGGAGGAGAAGGCGGAGCGGAUCCCGACGCCGAAGAAGCCGUGGCUCACUCUCGUGUCGUACGUGGACGAGCUGACGGUGGGCGGGCGCCGGGACUCCAAGGGCCGCUACAUCGACGGCAUGGGCUCCUUCCCGGGCUUUGGCCGAAACGCUAAGAACAGGACGCCUCAAGACUGCUUCCCCAUGCACUGCUAUCAGAGGGGUCCGUGCACGAAGGAGUGCGUGGACCGGUGGUUCGGGCCGCGCUGGACGGGGGUGCGGACGCGGGUGCUGCGCGUGGUGGACACGAGCGUGUUCGAGUGGUUCAUCCUGGUGCUCAUCUUCGCCUCCUCGGUGACGCUCUGCUUCGAGGACAUCUACCUGGACGAGAACAAGACCCUCAAGGCGGUCCUCUACUGGACCAACGUCGGGUUCUGCUUCCUCUUCGGCGUCGAGAUGGUCCUCAAGUGGCUCGCCAUGGGCUUUCACAAGUACUUCACCUCCUUCUGGACGGUCCUAGAUUUUAUCAUUGUUUUUGUUUCAAUUUUUAGCUUAUUAAUAGAAGAAAAUGAAAACUUAAAGGUUCUUCGAUCUUUAAGAACUUUACGAGCUUUGCGGCCUUUACGAGCUAUUUCCAGGUGGCAGGGUAUGCGGAUUGUUGUAAAUGCGCUUAUGUAUGCCAUCCCAUCAAUUUUCAACGUGCUCUUAGUUUGUUUGGUUUUUUGGUUAAUAUUUUCUAUUAUGGGCGUCCAAUUUUUUGGAGGCAAAUUUUUUAAAUGUGUAGACGAAGAGGGCGAAUUACUGCCAAUUACAGUUGUUAACGAUUUCAGGGAAUGUAUGUCGCUCAAUUAUACGUGGAUAAAUUCAAAAAUUAAUUUUGAUAAUGUUGGGAACGCCUACCUUGCAUUAUUUCAAGUGGCAACCUUCGAGGGUUGGAUGGAGGUGAUGGCCGAUGCGGUGGACGUGCGCGGGGUCGACCUCCAGCCUCAUUUCGAAGCGAACCUCUAUGCCUACAUUUAUUUUGUUAUUUUUAUUGUUUGUGGUUCAUUUUUUACGCUCAAUUUGUUCAUUGGAGUUAUCAUCGACAACUUCAAUAUGCUCAAAAAAAAGUAUGAAGGAGGAGUGCUGGAGAUGUUUCUAACGGAAAGUCAGAAGCAUUAUUAUACUGCUAUGAAGAAACUAGGUCGUAAAAAACCCCAGAAGGUCAUAAAAAGGCCGUUAAAUCAAUUCCUCGCCAUGUUUUAUGAUCUUUCGAAUUCUAGGAGAUUUGAAAUCGCAAUCUUUGUACUAAUUUUUUUAAAUAUGUUAAGUAUGGGUAUAGAACAUUACAAUCAAGACCACGCAAUUUUUUUUGUACUGGAAGUUAGCAACGCUUUUUUUACUACUGUUUUCGGCUUAGAGGCCUUAGUGAAAAUGAUGGGUCUGCGGCAUCAUUAUUUCACUGUCCCGUGGAACAUGUUCGACUUCCUUUUAGUAAUGGCUUCAAUUUUGGGCAUCUUGAUGGAGGAUAUCAUGAUAGAUUUCCCCGUCUCGCCCACACUCCUCAGGGUAGUCCGAGUCUUCAGGAUCGGCCGGAUACUGCGCCUCAUCAAGGCCGCCAAGGGAAUCCGAAAAUUACUAUUUGCCUUAGUGGUGUCUCUGCCGGCCCUUUUCAACAUAGGCGCACUUUUAGGUUUAAUUACGUUUAUAUACGCUAUCAUAGGCAUGUCACUUUUUGGACACGUUAAACAACAACGAGCGCUGGACGACAUGGUCAAUUUUACCACGUUUGGUCGCAGUAUGCAACUUCUGUUCAGGCUGAUGACGUCGGCGGGCUGGAACGACGUGCUGGAGUCGCUGAUGGUGCAGCCGCCGCACUGCGAGAUGGACUUCGGCGGCCUGCCCAACGGCAACUGCGGGUACCCCAUGUUGGCCAUCACCUACUUCACGAGCUUCAUCAUCAUCAACUACAUGAUCGUCAUCAACAUGUACAUCGCCAUCAUCCUGGAGAACUUCAACCAAGCCCACCAGGAGGAGGAGAUCGGCAUCGUUGAGGACGAUCUAGAGAUGUUCUACAUCCGGUGGUCCAAGUACGAUCCGCACGCAACUCAGUUCAUCGGGUUUUCGCAGCUGUCUGAUUUCAUAGCGAGCUUGGACGCCCCGCUGGGCAUCCCGAAGCCCAACAUCGUGGCUUUGGUGUCCUUCAAUCUCCCGAUAGCUCGGGGAAACAAGAUCCACUGUUUGGACAUCCUCCAUGCGCUGGUUAAGCAUGUCCUCGGCCAUGUUGAAGAGACUGAAGAGUUCAAGAAAGCCGAUGAAUGGAAAGUUCGCUAUUGGGGCGAAUCUGCUAAAAUUACGAUGCUGUCUCCAAAGCGUGAGGAUGGCACUAUCGUCGACGACUUUGAACAGCAAGUGCUUGUCAUUUCGACAAAGCUUCAAGAUCAAAUGGAUGUGAAGUUCAAGAAGCAGUUCCCGACUCGGAAAGAGCUGGAAAUUGUGUCAUCGACGCGGUUGUGGAAGAGACAGGACAAAGCGGCUCGCAUCAUUCAGCGGCACUUCAGGGAAUGGAAAAGGCGGAGGACGGAGGUGGACAAGGACGACGACGUGACGCAGACGUCAUCGCCGGGGACCGGGUGGCAGGGGAAGCUGUCGGCGUUCCUGCACGUGCACCGCGGCUCGCGGGCCUCCUCGCGCAAGUCCUCGCGGGCCUCCGACGCCAGCGACGUCUCCGAGCUGGGCAACAUGUGGCUCAACCUCCCCCUCCUCCUCCUCACCGGCACCCAGCCCAACGGCGACCAACUCCCCGAGGAGCCCACCCUCACCGCGAACGAGGUUCACAUAGCGGUGACGCGGCCGUCGCCGGAGACGAAGCAGCCGCCGACGAGCCUGCCGACGGUGGCGUCGCUGGACAUCCCCUCGGGCUCGGGGCUCGGCGAGCAGGGCGUCUGCAUCACCGUGACCGAGGCCUCGCCCGACUCCGGCGGCGCCACCCCCACCCCCGUCUCGGCCGCCUCCGCCGUCCCCGCCCACCUCCGCCGCGCCGCCUUCCGCCGCGCCUCCGAGGCCACCCUCGUCCAGGCCCUCGUCCACCGCGAGUCCGAGGAGACCGACAGCUGAUCCCCGCCUCAACCGCGCCCGCGCUCCCGACGCCGCCGCAGCGCCACCACCCGCUCCCGCCCCUCCUAGCCGCCUCCCGCCAUCCCCAUCCCCCCGGCAGC